AUGAAUAUUAAAUAAUAACUCCUCAAAUAGUAAAUUCAAUCUUAUUAACAUUCAGAUGGAACUUGUUUCUGUUCUGUAUGUUUAUGCAGCAAGUGUUAUUGCAAAUCAAAGCCUUAACAAACUCAUUACAUUAAUGAACCUAAAUCAAUCUAUAAUAUUGAUUAUGAUUCAAGAAGAACACCUAUUAAACAUUCUAGAUUGCCUAAUUAGAAUUACUAAGUUAGACAAAAGGCUUUGUCACUUCACUCUGUUUAUAAUGAUGAUUUUGAUAAAAAGCAGUUGAACAAAUCAUUUUUAGAUAAUUCACAAUAACCAUAGAAUAAUUCAUUCAAUAUUCCUUUUUGUGGUUGCAAUUCAUAUGCACUCUAAUUUCCAGGUAAAACUUCAAUGCCUCCUCAAUUACUAAAACCAUUAAAUUAAAUUUAAUUACUCCCUGCUAAAUUAGACAUUAAAUCAAGUUAUUAAAGAGAACAUAAACAUUAUAAAUUGGAUUAAGAUAAAAUCAUCAAUUUUUCAAAAAUUACUAAUCAAAGAUUACAUACUAAUUCCAAAGAAAAAAACAUCUAUUUAAACUCUAGUUAUUAAGAGUAAUAUAAAGGAUAAACUGCAAAAAAAGUUUAAUAAUUGCCAAUCCAAUCAAGCUAUUUACCUUUUGGAUUCAGUAACUAAGGAAUCAAUCCUUAUGUUAGUACAAAUAAAUAAGAUUAUGAAGAGUAAAAGUUAUAUUAAUGUGAAGCAGAUUUUAAAUUGCAACAAUUAAGCAAUUAAAUAUUAUCAGAACAAUGA